GGGAUUGAAGAAAAAUCACGUUCAAAAAGAAGGCGCGUGACGCUGUAAUCAAAGCGAUGAUAGUAGUAGACGUAGAGGAGUAGGAUGACUUUUUUCCCUUACAAGAUGAUCAGCACAGCUGGCACUGUGGGUAAAUGGAAGGCAAUGGCACGUCCAUCUUUACCAUCCUCACUGGACUCCAGAUUGCCUGGGAUAUCUCGAGAAGUGCUGUCCGUGUCCAUGGAACCAAAAUAUCAAUGUCAGCAGUGCAAAGACAUUCUUAGGAAACCUUUCCAAGCACAGUGUGGACAUCGCUUCUGUGUGUUCUGUUUCAAACAACUCACCAGCUCAGGGCCCAUACCCUGCGAAACCUGUCGUGCUGAGGGUAUAUUUGAAGAGGCAAUGUCAAUGCUCAAUAUUGCAGUGGCAUUUCCUGAUAAUGCCGCACGAAGAGAAAUUGAUAGCUUGCCUGCCAAAUGCCGAAAUGACGGAUGUAGUUGGUCUGGAACUCUGAAAGAGUAUGAGGGUCAACAUGAAGGUCGUUGUGACUUUGAACGUGUAAAAUGUGAAGCAUGUCAAGCACUCAUCCUGGUCAGUGAGAAAGACCGCCACAAUGAGCGGGAAUGUGAGGCCAGAACCCUGAACUGCAAAUACUGCAAGGUCGCAUUCAACUUUAAAGAAAUUAAGGCCCAUGAUGAAAUAUGUCAGAAGUUUCCCAUGCAAUGCAAAGACUGUGGUAAGAAGAAAAUCCCCAGAGAGAAGUUUCAAGAGCACAUCAAGUCUUGUGCAAAGUCUAAAUCUGCGUGCCAGUUCAGUGAGAUUGGCUGCAGGGCAGUGGUUGAUAAUGGUAAGCAGCAGGAGCAUGAGCAGACCAGCGUGAUGGAACAUUUGCGUCUCAUGCUGGGUGCGCUGUCCUCCGUGCGCCUGCGGGCUGAGGGGGCUGGAGAGUGGCAGGAAGAUUCCGGACUGGGAUUGUAUCGUGGACCUGAAGACGCACCUCCAGCGGGGGCUCAUGCUGUUGCCCCUAAUGCAGGAAGAGGAGGCGGUCCUGGUGUACAGCAGAAAGUCACAGCAUUGGAGAACAUAGUGUGUGUGUUGAAUAGGGAAGUGGAGCGCUCGGCCCUCACCAUGGAGGCUCUAUCCCGGCAACAUCGGCUAGACCAGGAGAAGAUAGAGAAUUUGGCAAACAAGGUGCGACAGCUGGAACGGACUUUAACCAUGCGAGAUCUGCAGUUAGCAGAUUCGGAGCAGUCCUUGCGGGAGCUGCAGUUUUGUACACAUGAUGGAGUUUUCAUUUGGAAAAUAGCAGACUUCUCUCGUCGCAGACAAGAUGCAGUGGGGGGCCGGGCACCUGCCAUGUUCUCACCUGCGUUCUACUCCAGUAAAUAUGGGUAUAAGAUGUGUCUGAGACUCUACCUGAAUGGUGAUGGCACAGGUCGGGGCACUCACCUUUCUCUGUUCUUUGUGGUCAUGAGGGGCAAAUAUGAUGCACUGCUGAAGUGGCCCUUUAGCCAGAAGGUGACAUUGAUGUUGUUGGACCAGAACAACAGAGAGCACAUCAUUGAUGCCUUCAGGCCUGACGUGAGCUCCACAUCCUUCCAGAGACCCAUCAGUGAAAUGAACAUAGCCAGUGGUUGUCCUCUCUUCUGCCCUCUCGCCAAGCUGGCAGGCAAAAGCUCGUAUCUGAGAGAUGACACCAUAUUUAUUAAAGCCAUAGUCGACCUCACUGGCUUAUAAAGCAUUGGAUUUAUUAAUAAUGAUAAUUGAUAUUAUUAUUAUUAUGAUUAUUAUUAUUAUUAUUAUAUCU